ACAGAAGCUGUCUCGCUCGGUUUGCCAUUGUGCUGCACGUGAAGCAGACUGACCCGGCAGCGAGCCAGCUUCGCCCGGAGAUCAGAUCUUCUGCCUACUUAGAAUUUGAUAUUUUUAUAUUUUUAUAUCGUUGGAUUUUUGUACGUUCUUAUUUUGGUGUUCAUGGGUGGAGUAGCAUGAAUUCCCAGUGUUACACAGUGGCGAUGGACCUUGGCGUUUGUCAACUGAGGAAUUUUUCUAUAUCGUUUCUGUCUUCUGUGCUUGGAAAAGAGAAUACUCCUGUGAAAGUUGACAAUAGCUCAUCGGGCGCGAGUGUGGUGGCCAUAGACAACAAAAUUGAACAAGCAAUGGACUUGGUGAAGAGCCACCUGAUGUAUGCGGUGCGUGAGGAGGUGGAGGUGCUGAAGGAGCAGAUCAAGGAUCUGGUGGAGAGGAACACCCAGCUGGAGCAGGAGAACAGCCUGCUGAAGACGCUGGCCAGUCCUGAGCAGAUGGCCCAGUUCCAGGCCCAGGUGGACCCCGACUCCCCCACAGACAGCACACAGGCCCUCGCUCCCUCCCAGACCUCCAGCACCUCUGCAUAGCACCCUGCCUCCGCUGCCCCCCUCCCUGGAGGGGCAGGGUUCACCUGGCUGGGGGGGACAGGUGGAAGAGGGAAGAGGAGAUAUACUGUGAACUGACCCACGCCGAGCAUCAUGAUCUGAAUAAACCACAGUUGGGGAAGGACAAAUGAAAAACAAUACUUUAUUUUCUUUUGCACUUGUGUUUAACUGUGGUGCUCUGAGGGUUAGCCUUCUUCAGAAAAUCGUUGUCUCAGUGAAGAGGGUUUGGUGCAGGUGAAUGGAAAUGUCCCGGACAGCCGAAGGGCUCGCUGCAACAGCCGGGACACACCGUGCCUCUGCAUUCCCCCUGACAGACUACCCCCCCCAGUGACUGUGCCGUCUCCCCCCCCUCCUCAUAGACACUUUUACUUUCUACUUUUUAAUGUUGAUUAUUUGUUUCCUUUUUUAGCUGUGAGAAAAUCAAGAACAAGCACUUUUGUCAGAUGAGAGAAAUACCUGUAACUCUAGGGACCAUUUGAGGUAAUAAGUACACAGGAGUGGCCCAUCUGGGAUGGGGGGCAGAUCCCUAGCCUGUGACUAGGAGCCCCUCCUGCUGCUCAUCUGCUGGUUAGGGUUAGGCUCUAACCCUCCUGCUGCUCAUCUCAGAGACGUUGAGCAGGCAGAGCGCCUGAACCUUACUGUCCUGUGUGUGUGCCAGGUCACACCACAGCAGACUAGCUAACAAGCUAGCUAGCGGUGUGUGUGCCAGGUCACACCACAGCAGACUAGUUAACGAGCUAGCUAGCGGUGUGUGUGCUAGGUCACACCACAGCAGACUAAGCUAGCUAGCAGUGUGUGUGCCAGGUCACACCACAGCAGACUAGCUAACGAGCUAGCUAGCGGUGUGUGUGCCAGGUCACACCACAGCAGACUAGCUAACGAGCUAGCUAGCAGUGUGUGUGCCAGGUCACACCACAGCAGACUAGCUAACAAGCUAGCAAGCUAGCUAGCUAGCGGAGAGACGGGAACAAGCAUUAGGAGCUCUAGCAUGCUAGGAACUCUGUGUUCUCUUUGCUCCCUCUCUCCACCCUCACUACUAAGUAUUGAUGCAAGGGAAUCUUUUUUGAGGGGGAACAAGGAGGUUGGGGUUUUGUUGUUGGUGUAAUUCAUGUAAGUGGUUGUGUAUACCAAUGAUUAUAAAUGGCGAUGUAGGACAUAUACUUUUGCUAGGUUUGUACAGAUUCAAUUUCAACUAAAUCCACUCAGCCAAGUGCCUGGUCUCAACCAUAGAUAUACCAAUGUAUAAAUGUAUUAACUUUGGUUUUCCUAUUUUAUUUAUAUAUAUAUAUAUAUAUAUAUAUAUAUAUAUAUAUAUAUAUAUAUAUAUAUAUAUAUAUAUAUAUAUAUAUAUAUAUAUAUAUAGAUCUAUAUAUAUAUAGUGUGGUAUAUUUCUAUAUCUAUGGUUUCUCCAGGUUUAAACUACCUGAUGCCAUGACUCAGGGCAGGAGCAGGGCGAGAGCUGAAGCCUGCUUCUGUCCUGGUCAUGACUCCACCCCAACAGGGACGCUUUUACUGUUUGGGAAUAAAGAGUGUUAUUGUCGUUGCUGUUGUUUUUACAAGUGAAUUCUCGGGAUUCUUGUUUCGAGUUGAUCAUAAAACUAUGUUGAUCAAUGAAAAUGCCUUGAAUUGUGUCAAGACUCAAGUGCAUGUUCCUCAACCCACCACAAAUGUGACGUUAUUGCACUAAACAGUUGCACCUCAAUUUGAAUAAAAUGGGAUUCAAAAUAAA